AUGGCUGUGGGCUCUCCCUCCCCUACCUUCCCUUCCCUUCUCCGCCAUCGCCAUCAUCUGUGCUGGACCCUGCUUCUCGCUGUGUCUUCUCACCAGACUUUCGGAAUUAAGCGAUUCCUGGCCAAGAAACAAAAGCAAAAUCGUCCCAUUCCCCAGUGGAUUCAGAUGAAAACUGGUAAUAAAAUCAGGUACAACUCCCAAAGGAGACACUGGAGAACAGCCGAGCUGGGUCUGUAGGGAAUUGCACGGGAGAUGGCACACAUAUUUAUGCUGAAGGUCAUACCUGAAGGUCACAAUCACAUUACCAUAUCAAGCUGGAAAUGUCACCACGAUCUGGAGAGUUGAACAUGUUUUAUUGGGAAUAAAUUUUUUCUUUUUUCUUUUCUUUUUUUUUUUUUUUGAGACAGAGUUUGCUCUUG